AUGGCUGGCGAUACUAGAGAUAAUAAUUCUGUUCCACAACCUCGUGGUUCACCUCCUGGCGAGACUGCACCGCCUGCGCACGUCAAUACACCAAAUAAAGUCUACGAAGUGUUUCAAGGACCACCUCAAAAUGCGAAUGCUCUCCCAGAGGGAUCAGGGCAAAACACUGCGGGGAGCACACCACAAGUAGCCAAAUUCUCAGAUGCAUUGAAGACUUUGCGGGUUGAAGAUAUUAAACAAGUUUAUAUGUACCCUUGUGUCAGGGAAAGUCUGCUAUAUGGAAUUGGUGGCGGUUUUGGUAUGGGCGGUGUUAGAGCGUUAUGGGGAGCUCCAAUACCUAAAGCUGCCAAUUGGGCUGUAGGAACUUUCGUUUUCGUCGCAUUCGCCAACCACGAAUUUUGCCAGUAUCGAAGGUUUCUUGAGAAAUCACAUAUGAAGCGUGCAGUAGAGAUCAUCGACCGAAAGAAGGCAGCUAAAGAAGCAGAAGCCAAACAGAAGAGAGAUGAAAGGAGAAGGCUCAAGGACGAAGCAGACAAAGCAGCGGAAGAGGCAGCAAAAAAGAGCAGCUGGAAGUUCUGGUGA